GUCAACGUACUUCAACGUAAUGACCUAAUAUACUGACUUAUCAGUUUCUUAUCAACACAUGACAUUCUAUCCAGUUAGUAAUACUAAAAACAAUGGAACUUAUAUCUUACAUUGUAUUCGCAUUUCUCCUAGUUGUUAGAGUGAGUGGUACAUGUUUGGAUGGCUUUGAACACCAUGGCACCCAGUGUUACAAGAUCGCUGCACUCGAGGCAAGCUGGAUGGAGGCUAAGAUGUAUUGUCGGUUGCUAGGAAGCGAAUUGGCAAUCAUAGAUGAUUCUACGGAGGAAUCAACUGUUGAGGGAAUGUUGACAAAAUUGCACGGAUCGCAUAUUGAUGAAGAUUAUUGGAUAUCUGGUACUGAUAUCAUCAACGAGAAUGACUGGAGAUGGAUGACAAGUGAUGGAACCAGCAUUCCGUUCAACUACACUCACUGGGGGACGGGGAAACCAGACAAUUUGGGAGGUAACGAGAACUGUUUGGUCAUUCAUUUCCGUAAAGGACGUACAUCCUGGAAUGACAACGUUUGUAACGCCCUCCAUAGCUUUAUAUGCGAAACAAGAUAUUACACGGAAACUGGUGAAAUAGUUGGAUGAAUAGGACUGCAAGUUACUCGUUCAAACAACUGUAAUUUAUUUAAAACUAAUUUACAAGAAUAAACGUGAAAAGUUGA